AGCAGGGCGAAGUCUAAAAACGGAGGGAGAUCUCUGAGGGAGAAACUGGACAAAAUAGGACUAAACCUGCCAGCCGGGAGGCGUAAAGCUGCUAACGUUACCUUGCUCACGUCACUUGUGGAGGGAGAAGCAGUACAUCUAGCUAGAGAUUUUGGGUACGUCUGUGAGACAGAAUUUCCUGCCAAAGCAGUAGCUGAAUUUCUCAACCGACAACAUUCCGAUCCAAACGAGCAAGUCACAAGAAAAAACAUGCUUCUAGCUACAAAACAGAUCUGUAAAGAGUUCACCGACCUGCUGGCUCAGGACCGAUCUCCCCUGGGGAACUCGCGGCCCAACCCCAUUUUGGAGCCGGGCAUCCAGAGCUGCCUGACCCACUUCAACCUCAUCUCGCACGGCUUUGGGAGCCCGGCGGUGUGUGCUGCCGUCACCGCCCUGCAGAACUAUCUCACCGAGGCGCUCAAGGCCAUGGACAAAAUGUACCUCAGCAACAAUCCCAACAGCCACACAGACAACAGCACCAAAAGCAGCGACAAAGAGGAGAAGCACCGAAAGUGAGGAUCCCCCACAUAUGCCCUCCUCUCCCGUCCCCCUCGUAGCCCAUCGAUCCAUUCAUCUCCCUCCUCCCUCUCCCCUGCACCCAGCACCCGGGGCUACAUCAACAGAAUGAGCGUCCUUCUGCCAGUCCUGUUCUCUGACUCUGCAGGACUGCUCGGCCCUCUCUCCACACCCCUCCCCAGCAUCCACAUUUCCAUUUGUUCCCUCUUAUAUUCUUCCCCUCUCCCCACUGCCACCAUCGUUUUACCCCAUUUUGGAGCCUAAGAGAACAGAACAGGGGGACGGAGCCAGCAAAGAAAAAAGUUCUGUCUUGAGUUUGUGAACUUUUUUUUUUAAAUA